UGCUAGUCGAGCUGUGUCCGACUCCGAUUUCUCGAUGUUCGAUCUAUGUCCAAAAAUUAAUCCGACUCCGUACUCUCAAGCGGAAUACUCAGUACGUUGUCCUCUAAUUAUUUCUUACUCGACUCAGCCAAAUAUCUCAUGUCCGAACCAAAUUCAAAACCCCGUAUCGACAGCGAUUUUAAAUUAUCACACUUCGACUUCUCCAACUACAAAUCCGAAAGCCAGUCGUAUUCCGAGACAAAUUAUUUUCGAAUCAUGCGUAGGGAAUUAUUUUCGAGCAAAGUCAAACCAAACUCUCGACCGAGUUAAUCGCGUAGUCGUCCGUUCGUCCGAACUCUGUUUCACUCCGUUCCGCGUGCAGACGAAAUCCGCACGAGACUUUUUCCGGAAAAUAUUUAGCGCAGCCCGAAUUACACAUUUUGGGCCAAGCCCAUUUAAAACCCAGCCCAUUAGGCCCACUAAGAAACCCUAACCCUAGGGCUUCUUCUAUAAAUAGGGGUGUUCACUUGGUCAUUUUCCACUCCCACCCCUCCAUUUUUCCCUAGCCGCCACCAGCAGCUCUUCUCUGUUUCCUGGACGUGCGCAGGGAGCUGAGCUCCUUCUCCCAUGGCGCCUCCACACUCCCAGCCGCCCUCCUCUGCCCAGCAGCCGAGCGCCCAGCUCCUCCCCUCGGCAGCCAUGGCGUCCUCCCCUUCCUCCCGCCCUCUGCUGUCCACGGCGAGCUGCAGCAGGGAGCCGAGCUCCAAGCUCCCACGGCGCUCGAGCUCCACUCCUCCCUGUUCGUCUUCAACCCAAGUCGGCGCCCUCUCGCUGGCUGUCCUCUCCGUCGCGCCCCUGCUGGCCGUGCCCCUCACGCUGGCACACAGGCGCCCAGGCAAGCUUCCCCAUGGCGCUCGACUCCCUGUUCCAUGGUGCCCUGUGGUCGCCCCCUUCUUCCCCUUGUGGCUGCGCUCCUCUGCUCCCUCCAUGGCGCCCCCUGCUCCUUCCUCGACGCGCUGUAGGUGCUCGACAAAUGCGCAGCUCCAUUUCUCCCAUGGCCGUGGCCUGCUUUUCCCGGCGCCCUGCGCAGCAUCUCCCUCCCCCAAGUCCCUGCGCCCGCACAGCAGCGGAUCCCCGGCGCCCUUCCCUGCUCCUCCUCUCUUCUCCACAAAACAGCAGCAGCUCGCCCCACCUUCCCUCGCUGCGCAGCCCCUCGGCGAAACGCCGCUGUUCCUGCAGCCCCGACACCUUCCCUGGCUUCCUCACUGCUAGCGCUGCGCGCGUGCCACGUGUUCGGCGAUCUGUCCAAGUGGGGUGUUGAGCAGUGAGCAGCACGCCGUCGACGCCCGCCGUGUGCUCGCUGUUUUGCGCAGCCCAUCCGCGACGCCGUCGAAAACCGUGCUAGUGGUCGACGUCGUGCCUUGCCCGUUCGAC